AUGGGUUUCGUGGCCGGCUUCGCAGGCGGCCUAACCCUGACGCUCUCCCUCACCUACCUGGCCCUUCUCACACACACCCACAACCGGCAAGCGCAAUCUGCCCUCCUCCGCGCGCAAGCCUCGACCCUCGACACCCUGAUCCCACCAGACCAGUCCCUCCCGCUCUCGGCCCGCCGCCGCCGCAACGCCACCGUGCUCCUCCCGGACGGCACCUACCGCCCACGCGAGAGCCUCCUGGCGGCGCAGCAGCACCAGCCGCCCGAGAAGAAGCCGGUCAGCGCGUCUUCCUUUAUCGAGACGGCCAAAACGAAAUGGAACAGCGAGGUUCUGGCAGCGGUGCGCUGGGCGCAGAACAAGGACUGGGCCAGAGUAAGAGAGGACGCCGAGGACGGCGUGGCAAGCUUAUUUGGUGUUGAGCUGUCCAAGGAGCCCGUAUCCGUCAGGGAAACGGAAGUGGUGUAUCCUCCGCCUAGGGCGGCGACAGCGCCGGGUAGUGCGGAACAUGGUCACGGCAGGAUGAGCGACGCGUUGUAUCAGGCGCGGGAUACAACGGUCGCGGUUGCGCAGGCGAUGAGGGACGAGGCGAAGGAGGUUGUCUCGGAGGCGAGGGAGGUGGUGUCGGAGGCUGUUGGGGAGGCCAGUGGGGCUAUUUCGAGGGGGAUGGAGAGGGCCCAUGAUCUAGUCGAGAAGAGCAAGGCGAUGGUUCAUCUUGCUGAGGAGAAGGCCGAGGCUAAGAUGGAUGCUAAGAUGCUCCACGUUUCCGAUAUUGAGAAAGUACUGGCAGAGAGAUACGACAGUGCCCGACGGAAGGAGCGCAUGAACCGGAGUGUGGAGGAGGUGCUGAGGGAGAGGUAUAUCCCGAUGGAUAGUAGAGAUAACUCUCAGUUACGGGGGUUCUAGUGGCCGUCGGAUGGGAGGGAGACGUAGAGGAGAUGCAGAUGAAAUACCUUAUUCAAACUGGCACACUUAGACUCCCGGGCAAUGCCGAAAGCCUUCUGUCUG